AUGGACACAGAACUAAAGGUCAAAGAAGAGAUAGAAAGGCUUCUCAAGGCAGGAUUCAUCAGGCCAGCCAUCUAUGCCGAUUGGUUAGCAAAUAUUGUACCUGUUCUCAAAAGAAAAACAGGGGCAGUUAGAAUCUGUGUGGAUUACAGAAAUCUGAAUGAAGCAUCUCCCAAAGACGAAUAUCCUAUGCCAAUGGCAGACAUGCUAAUAGACGGAGCUGCUCAUAACCAGAUGCUAUCUUUCAUGGAUGGCAAUGCAGGUUAUAACCAGAUCAUGAUGGCAGAACAAGACAUCCACAAGACAGCCUUCAUGUGCCCAGGGCAUAUAGGUGCUUUCGAAUAUACUGUAAUGCCUUUCGGAUUAAGGAAUGCGGGUGCUACCUAUCAAAGGGCAAUGAAUUCCAUUUUUCAUGAUAUGAUAGGACAUUCUUUAGAAGUGUACAUAGAUGAUGUGGUGAUUAAAUCCCCCGAGGAAGGAAACCACAUAUCAAGUCUAAGAAAAGCAUUCCUAAGAAUGAGGCAGCACAAAUUAAAAAUGAACCCCAAAAAAUGUGUUUUUGGAGUCCAGGCAGGAAAUUUCUUAGGAUUCUUGGUUCACCAGAGAGGCAUAGAGGUUGACAAGAAUAAAGCAAAGUCCAUCAUGGAAGCCCUACCACCUCGGAACAAAAAGGAACUUCAGAGUCUCCUAGGAAAAAUCAAUUUUCUAAGGAGAUUCAUAUCUAAUUCUGCAGGAAAAAUUCAACCUUUUUCUUCCCUGUUAAGGCUGAAGCAAGAACAAACAUUCAAGUGGGAAGAACAGCACCAACAGGCUUUCCAGGAAAUAAAACAUUACCUCUCAAAUCCACCAGUUCUGCCCCCACCAAAAAGAGGCAGACCACUCAAGCUCUAUGUAUCUGCAUCAGAAGUAUCCAUUGGAAGUCUGCUAGUUCAAGAUAACAAAGAAGGAAAGGAGCAAGCAGUCUACUAUCUAAGCAGAACAUUAACAGAAGUGGAAAGAAGGUAUUCCGCGAUAGAAAGGCUUUGUCUGGCCUUGUAUUUUACUGCUGUAAAACUCAGACACUAUAUGCUGCCACACACUAUCUACAUCAUCGCCAAGACAGACUUAAUCAAAUAUAUGUUGACAAGACCAAUGCUGAGGGGCAGAAUUGGGAAAUGGACUUUGGCUUUGACAGAAUUCACCCUCAGGUAUGUCCCCCAGAAAGCUGUCAAAGGGCAAGCUGUGGCAGACUUCUUAGCAGAUCACCCAGGAGAGGAAAUUGAAAACAUGGACUCUUUGGACAUAGCAAAUGCAAAUCUACUAACUAGGGCUCAUGUUUGCCUUAACAAUCCAAUCUAUUCGAUUCAUCUUACACCUUGGAAACUAUAUUUUGAUGGAUCAAAGACAGAUAAGGCUUCAGGAGCCGGGGUUGUUCUGGAGGAACCAUUGGGGGUCAGACAUUGCUAUUCCUUCCAAUUAGAUUUCCAGUGCACCAACAACAGGGCCGAGUAUGAAGCUUUGAUUAUAGGGCUUGAGAUGUUGGUAGAAUUAGGAGUCCAAUCCGUGGAGAUCUUGGGAGAUUCAAUGCUUGUCCUAAAACAGAUUGCUGGAGAAUACAAGUGUCUAAAUCCUUCCCUGGCUGUAUAUCUAGUAGCAGCUAGAAAUCUGUUGACAGAAUUUAGAGAAGCUACUUGGGAACACAUCCCAAGGGAAGAGAACUUUGCAGCCAAUGAACUGGCUCAGGUAGCAUCAGGCAUACAAAUGCCCGAAGACUGCGUCCAAAGGAUCAUCAAGAUAGGAAGGAAAAGUCUACCAUCUGUUCUGACUAGAGGAAUGGAGAUAGAAGUCAAUUCUGCCUUAAUCACUAAAGACGAUUGGAGGGAGCCUAUCAUGACUUACUUGCAAUAUCCCACUCUGCCCUCUGAGAAAAGAGUCAGAAUCAUGGCUACAAACUACCUCAUGUGGAAUGAAGAUUUGGUCCGAAAAAGUAAGGAUGAGGUGCUAUUAAGGUGCCUCGGAAAGACAGAAUAUAUGAAAGUCAUGGGAGAAACCCAUGAAGGGAUCUGUGGGGCUCACCAAGGAGGAAGAAAGAUGUGCUGGUUAAUUAGAAGGUAUGGCUACUUCUGGCCAACCAUGUUGAAGGAUUGCAUCAACUAUUCCAAGGGAUGUGAAGCUUGUCAAAGACACGGCCCAAUCCAGCAGGCUCCUUCAGUUCCCAUGAAUCCAGUGGUAAAACCAUGGCCUUUUAGGGGAUGGGCAAUGGAUCUCAUUGGCAAAAUCUAUCCAGCCAGCAGCCAGCAGCAUUGUUUUAUUAUUGUUGCCACAGACUAUUUCACCAAAUGGGGAUAUGCUAGAUAUGGCAGAAGCAUUCAAGUUCAAACUGCUUCAAUCUACCCCUAUUAUGCUCAAGCUAAUGGACAGGCAGAAUCAAGUAACAAGGUGAUUAUCAAUAUCAUCAGGAAGAUGCUGGAGAAGAAUCCAAAGCAGUGGCAUGAAAAGUUAUCAGAGACUUUGUGGGCAUACAGAACUUCAAAAAGAGAAGCGACUGGCAUGACCCCCUAUGCUCUGACCUACGGCCAUGAUGCAAUUCUUCCCAUGGAGAUAGCAGUCCAGUCUCUUAGAAUUGCUCACCAGCACAGUCUCACAGGAGAAGAUUAA